GGCAGGGGAGGCAGGGGCGGACCGCUAUUUGGGGGUCCUCCGAGCGCGGCGCAGGGAUUAAUGCUUCAUCAGGGGAUAUCUGUACUUUUUUCUUGGAUAUCACUUCAUCAUGCGAAAUCUGGAGUUACUUCGGACCUUGGAGUUCAGGGAUAUUCAAGCUCCAGGGAGACCUCAGUGCUUCUGUCUUCGAACUGAACAGAAGUCAGUGCUCAUUGGCUCAGAACAUGGACUGAUAGAAGUAGACGCCACCAGAAGAGAAGUGAAACAUGAAAUUUCUUUGGUGGCAGAAGGCUUUCUCCCAGAGGAUGGAAGUGGCUGCAUUGUUGGUAUACAGGACUUGCUAGAUCAGGAGUCUGUAUGUGUGGCCACAGCCUCUGGAGAUGUCAUACUCUGCAGUCUUAGCACACACCAGCUGGAAUGUGUUGGGAGUGUAGCCAGUGGUAUCUCUGUCAUGAGUUGGAGUCCUGACCAAGAGCUGGUGCUUCUUGCCACAGGUCAACAGACCCUGAUUAUGAUGACAAAAGACUUUGAACCAAUCAUGGAGCAGCAGAUCCACCAGGAUGAUUUUGGAGAAAGCAAGUUUAUCACCGUUGGAUGGGGCAAGAAGGAGACACAGUUCCAUGGAUCAGAAGGCAGGCAAGCAGCCUUUCAGAUGCAAAUGCACGAGUCUGCUUUGCCCUGGGAUGACCAUAGACCACAAGUUACCUGGCGUGGGGAUGGACAGUUUUUUGCUGUCAGUGUUGUUUGCCCGGAAACAGGGGCUCGGAAGGUCAGAGUGUGGAACCGAGAGUUUGCUUUGCAGUCAACCAGUGAGCCUGUGGCAGGACUAGGACCAGCCCUGGCUUGGAAACCCUCAGGCAGUUUGAUUGCAUCUACACAAGAUAAACCCAACCAGCAGGAUGUUGUGUUUUUUGAGAAAAAUGGGCUUCUUCAUGGACACUUUACACUUCCUUUCCUCAAAGAUGAGGUUAAGCUUUCCAUCAUGAUCAUGCAGUUUGAAGUUCAGCUCUGGACUGUUGGAAACUAUCACUGGUAUCUCAAACAAAGUCUGCCCUUCAGCACCUGUGGGAAGAACAAGAUUGUGUCGCUGAUGUGGGACACGGUCACCCCAUACCGGCUGCAUGUUCUCUGUCAGGGCUGGCAUUACCUCUGCUAUGACUGGCAUUGGACAACUGAUCGGAGCUCGGGAGAUAAUGCAAGUGACCUGGCAAAUGUGGCUGUCAUUGAUGGAAAGAGUGUAUUGGUGACAGUCUUCCAGCAGACUGUGGUUCCACCUCCCAUGUGCACAUACCGAUUGUUGCUCCCGCACCCUGUGAAUCAAGUCACGUUCUCUGCACACCCUAAAAAGAGUAACGACCUCGCUGUCCUGGAUGCCAGUAACCAGAUAUCUGUAUAUAAAUGUGUUCAGCUCUGGACUGUUGGAAACUAUCACUGGUAUCUCAAACAAAGUCUGCCCUUCAGCACCUGUGGGAAGAACAAGAUUGUGUCGCUGAUGUGGGACACGGUCACCCCAUACCGGCUGCAUGUUCUCUGUCAGGGCUGGCAUUACCUCUGCUAUGACUGGCAUUGGACAACUGAUCGGAGCUCGGGAGAUAAUGCAAGUGACCUGGCAAAUGUGGCUGUCAUUGAUGGAAACAGAAUUCAAUAUGAGAAUAGUGAAGAUCAAGAAGUAAACCCACUGAAGCUCAGCUUUCUCACCUGGAUUGAAGAAGACAUCUUCCUCGCCAUAAGCCAUAGCCAGUCCAGUGCACAGAGUGUCAUUCAUCAUUUGACUGUGGCCCCUUCUGAGAUGGAAGAAGAGCAAGGACAGCUCAAUGUCAGUUCAUCUGUGACAGUGAAUGGGGUCGUAAUCAGUCUAUGCUGCAGUUCCAAGACCAAGUCAGUAGCAUUGCAGCUGGCUGAUGGCCAGAUACUUAAGUACCUUUGGGAGUCACCUUCUUUGGCUGUUACACCAUGGAAGAACCCUGGUGGAUUUCUGGUUCAGUUUCCUUAUCCGUGCACACAGAUUGAAUUGGCCAUGAUUGGAGGAGAGGAAUGUGUCCUUGGUCUGACUGACAGGUGUCGCUUUUUCAUCAAUGACACUGAGGUUGCAUCAAAUAUCACAUCAUUUGCAGUAUAUGACGAGUUUUUGUUGUUGACAACCCAUUCCCAUACCUGCCAGUGUUUUUGCCUGAGGGAUGCUUCAUUUAAAACAUUACAGGCAGGUCUGAGCAGCAGUCAUGUGUCCAGCGGGGAGAUUCUGCGGAAGGUGGAAAGGGGAUCACGGAUUGUCACUGUUGUGCCCCAGGACACAAAGCUUAUAUUACAGAUGCCAAGAGGAAACUUAGAAGUUGUUCAUCAUCGAGCCCUGGUUUUAGCUCAGAUUCGGAAGUGGUUGGACAAACUUAUGUUUAAAGAAGCAUUUGAAUGUAUGAGGAAACUGAGAAUCAAUCUCAAUCUGAUAUAUGAUCAUAACCCUAAGGCGUUUCUUGAAAAUGUGGAAACCUUCAUUAGACAGAUAGAGUCUGUAAAUUAUAUUAAUUUAUUUUUCACAGAAUUGAAGGAAGAAGAUGUCACAAAGACCAUGUACCCUCCACCAGUUACCAGGAGUGUCCAGCUGUCCAGAGAUCCUGAUGAGAAAAAACUAGAUCUUAUCUGUGAUGCUAUGAGAGCAGCCAUGGAGACCAUAAAUCCUCACAAGUACUGCCUGUCGAUACUCACAUCUCAUAUCAAGAAAACCACCCCAGAACUGGAAAUUGUGCUGCAGAAGGUACACGAGCUUCAAGUGACAGGAAAACCUCCCUCUGUUCCUGAUGCUGUGGGUGCUGAAGAGGCCUUGAAAUAUUUGUUGCUUCUGGUAGAUGUUAAUGAAUUAUAUGAUCAUUCUCUGGGGACCUAUGACUUUGAUUUGGUCCUCAUGGUGGCUGAGAAGUCACAGAAGGAUCCCAAAGAAUAUCUUCCAUUUCUUAAUACACUUAAGAAAAUGGAAACUAAUUAUCAGCGGUUUACUAUAGACAAAUACUUGAAGCGUUAUGAAAAAGCCAUUGGCCACCUCAGCAAAUGUGGACCUGAGUACUUCCCAGAAUGCUUAAACUUAAUAAAAGAUAAAAAUUUGUAUAAUGAAGCUCUGAAGUUAUAUCCACCAAACUCGCAGCAGUACAAGGAUAUCAGCAUUGCUUAUGGGGAACACCUGAUGCAGGAGAACAUGUACGAGCCGGCGGGGCUCGUGUUUGCCCGAUGCAGUGCCCAUGAAAAAGCUCUUUCGGCCUUUCUGACUUGUGGCAGCUGGAAGCAAGCCCUCUGUGUGGCAGCCUGGCUUAACUUGACCAAAGACCAGCUGGCUGGCCUUGCCAGAACUCUGGCAGAAAAGCUAGUUGAGAAGAGGAAGCACAUUGAUGCAGCCAUGGUUUUGGAACAGUAUGCCCAGGAUUAUGAAGAAGCUGUGCUCUUGCUGUUAGAAGGAGCUGCCUGGGAAGAAGCUCUGAGGCUGGUAUACAAAUACAACAGACUGGAUAUUAUAGAAACCAACAUAAAGCCUUCCAUUUUAGAAGCCCAGAAAAAUUAUAUGAUAUUUUUGGACUCUCAGACAACCACAUUCAGUCGCCACAAGAAACGUUUAUUGGUGGUUCGAAAGCUCAAGGAGCAAGCACAGCAGGUGAAUCUGGAAGAUGAGGUGCUCCAUGGUCAAGAGUCAGACCUCUUCUCUGAAACUAGCAGCAUUGUGAGUGGCAGUGAGAUGAGUGGCAAAUACUCCCAUAGUAACUCCAGGAUAUCAGCGAGAUCAUCUAAGAAUCGCCGCAAAGCCGAGCGGAAAAAGCACAGCCUCAAAGAAGGGAGUCCACUGGAGGAUCUAGCCCUUUUGGAGGCACUAAAUGAAGUGGUACAGAACACUGAGAAACUGAAAGAUGAAGUGUACCAUAUUUUAAAGGUACUUUUUCUCUUUGAGUUUGAUGAGCAAGGAAGGGAGUUACAGAAGGCCUUUGAAGAUACUCUGCAGUUGAUGGAAAGGUCACUUCCGGAAAUUUGGACUCUCACUGAGCAGCAGAAUUCAGCCACACCUGUAAGUUUUCUCAAAAACAAUGCUGAGCUUUUUAUACCGCCAAAGAUGAACAAGAAAACCCAGUGGAAACUGAGCCUGCUAGAUUGACUGACUACAGCUUAGGAGGGCUCCAGCAGAGAUGGCCAUUUUCCACUCAGUCCUAGCUGUCCUUCCACCUCUUGCUUUUUGAGGCCUGGCUGUUGAGAACUGGGAAGAGUAAGAUGAUGAUUUACCUUAGCAUUGCCGAGAGCUGCUGUGUGCCCCAGACUUUAGCAGACACCAAGAAAUUCUGUUUUUAUUUUGUGUGUAUGUCUUAAUCAUUAGCAAGAUGUUAAGCUUUAAUCCAUAUAGCAUCAUUUUUGUGAGAAUUACUGUUCUUUUACGUGUGCUGUUUGAAAGCAUAUUUAUGCUAAUUAUGAUAGGGUUUCCUUCCCAGCUACUGGUCUGAUUCGUAUAGGGACCUUGGGCAAGUUCCAUAAUUGAUUUGUACUUCACUUCUUCAUCUGUUAAUUGGGAAUAAUGUUUCAUGGUUUCUACCUCAAAAGUGCUAAGACAAGUAAAAUAAUUUUCUAAAUUGUACUAGAGGGAAGAGUAUUAUAUACAAACAACAAUGACUAUUA